AUGAGUGGCGAGACACACUACAAAUGCCACGAGUGUGGGGAAAGCUUCAGUCGGCGCUCAAGCCUUAUCACACAUCAGAGAAUCCACACAGGAGAGAAGCCCUACACAUGCUCUGAGUGCGGGAAAAGCUUUAGUCGGCGCUCAAACCUUGUCACACAUCAGAGAAUCCACACAGGGGAGAUGCCCUACACGUGCUCUGAGUGCGGGAAAAGCUUCAGUUGGCGCUCAAACCUUAUCACGCAUCAGAGAAUCCACACAGGGGAGACGCCCUUCACGUGCGCUGAGUGUGGGAAAAGCUUCAGUCUGCGCUCAAUCCUUACCACGCAUCAGAGAAUCCACACAGGGGAGACGCCCUACACGUGCUCUGAGUGCGGGAAAAGCUUCAGUCGGCGCUCACACCUUAUCACACAUCAGAGAAUCCACACAGGAGAGCAGCCGUACACGUGCGCUGAGUGCGGGAAAAGCUUCAGUCUGCGCUCAAUCCUUAUCACACAUCAGAGAAUCCACACAGGGGAGAUGCCCUACACGUGCGCUGAGUGUGGGAAAAGCUUCAGUCUGCGCUCAAUCCUUAUCACACAUCAGAGAAUCCACACAGGGGAGAUGCCCUACACGUGCGCUGAGUGUGGGAAAAGCUUCAGUCGGCGCUCUGCCCUUAUCAGACAUCAGAGAAUCCACACAGGAGAGCAGCCCUACACGUGUGCUGAGUGCGGGAAAAGCUUCACUCGGCGCUCAAACCUUAUCACACACCAGAGAAUCCACACAGGAGAGACG